GUAAAGAGUACAGCAAAGAAAGAAAAUAGGGAAUCCAUUCCACAGGGGUUAUCCCCACCAUGUGUGAGGUGAAAUUGUGAGCAGGGCAUGUCAUCUUCGGUGCUUGGUGUUUGAUGUAUAAGCAGAUAAACCCUGACUACGUGGCUCCACAGGAUUGGCUAGCUUUUUCUUGCCUCUUCCAACGAGAUAAUUCUCAUUUUUUCGCAAGAUCGAGCAAAAUUAAAUCCGGUGAACGCACACAAAGAAAGUAGUACAGUGGUAUAAUAAACCAAAGUUAAAGAAAGGGAGGGUGACACAGGCAAAUCUUCUGUGUCCUCCAUGGUUCUCACUCUCACUUCCAAUCCUCGUUGGUUGUCCCUCAGCAACCCAAGGCUAAGAGUCUUUCCCAACAAGAAGAAGUCUCCAUCAUUCUCCCCACUUGGGUUGGGCAAGCCCAAAGCUAAAAGAGUCCAACCAGAUGAUAACUCACCCAAUUCUUCUAACCCUUUUCGUUUCAAACUUGGAAAGAAAAAGUUACCUCCAGAAGGUGCAUCCUUUGUCCCAAUUGUGAGCAUCCCUUCUUCCCCUAGUUUCUCAUUCGGGAAGCCAAGGCGUAAGGACCCUGCAACAGUUUUCGUUGCUGGAGCAACCGGUCAAACUGGCAUUCGAAUUGCACAAACGCUUCUCAGGGAAGGGUUCACUGUAAGGGCUGGUGUCCCUCAACUUAGUUCUGCUCAACAACUCGCUCGCCUUGCUACACAGUACAAGAUUAUAUCAAAGGAAGAGUCAAAGCGUCUAAACGCAGUGGAAUCGGGCUUUGACGAUGCAGAAUCAAUAGCAAAAGCAAUAGGCAAUGCGAGCAAAGUGGUUGUCACAAUUAGUUCCGCGGAGAAUGGCCCAACAUCUGCAGUCUCCACGUCAGACGCUCUACAAGUAGUUCAAGCUGCACAGCUGGCAGGUGCCAGCCACGUGGCGAUCAUCUACGACGACAACACCGCGGGCACUUCGACCUACAAUGUACUGGAUGGAAUCUCCUCUUUCUUCAGCAACCUCUUCUCUCAGUCUCAGCCCUUGACCGUGCAAGAGCUCUUGCAGAAAAUCAUUGAAACAAACGUCAGCUACACCUUUAUCAAGACUAGUUUAACUGAUGAUUUCUCUCCCGAGAGUUCCUAUAAUGUGGUCGUGUCUAGUGAAGCGAGCACCACUAUAAACGACUAUAAAGUUGCAAAGUUCAAGAUAGCAUCGGUUGUGGCUGGUGUUUUCUCAAACACAGUGGUGGCUGAAAAUAAGGUGGUGAAAGUUUUCACGAAUCCUGAAGCCCCCUCUAGGCUUGUGGAUGAAUUUUUAAGCACUAUUCCUGAGGACAACAGAAGGAAAGCCUACGCUGAAAUGCGCCAGAAAGCGGAAGAGGAAGAGGCAAGAGUGGUAGCUGAAAAAACUCGUGAAAUUACAAGGUUGCUAGAAGAAGGUGAGGAAAAGCCGUUUAAUGCAGCUCAAAAAGGGCAAGAGAAAGCAGAGGCUACGGGUGCUUCAAUGGAAGGCUUAUUGAAUAAGGCAAAAGAUUUUGGAGCAGGGCUUUCAUGGCAAAGGUUGAGCUCACAGAUUGGUACCUCAAUCCAAAAGCCUGACUCAGAUGAGAAAGUGAAGCCAAAAGUGCAGCUUGCCACUGUAAGGGGACAGGCCAAGGCUCGGAGUCUUCAGCCUAAUAAAGCAGUUAUUAAACAAAAAAGUUCAAGGAGUCUUGCUGGUAAACCAAAACAAGCAGAGAAAGCAGGGGAGGUUAGGAACGUUUUUGGUGGAUUGUUCAAGCAAGAGACUAUCUAUGUUGACGAUGCCUAGUGGAAAAUGCAUGCCAUACAAUUGCAUCAUUUAAGCAAGACUUGUUCUGAACUACUAAUAAAGGUUCCAUCACGAAAAAUUAAAUAAUAAAUAGGAUUGUCCUGUA